CCCAUUGCAGUCCGCCUCGAGCAGCAGCUCGGUGUCCAGAAGAACUAUAUCGCUCUCGGCCUCACCGCCGUCUACACCCUCCUCCUCUUCCUCAACACCGGCCUCUCCCCCCUCCUUGCCAACCUCAUCGGUUUCGCACUUCCCGCAUUCUACUCCGUCAAGGCUAUCGAAUCUACCGGAACCGCGGACGACACCAGGUUGUUGACCUACUGGGUCGUCUUCGGCGGACUCAGCGUCCUUGAAUUCUGGUCCAAGACGAUCUUGUACUUCAUCCCCUUCUACUACCUCACCAAAUCCAUUUUCCUCCUCUGGCUCGUCCUCCCCCAGUUCUCCGGCGCUGAGUAUGUUUACCGCACUUUCCUUCGCGGGUACGUCAGGAAGUACGUCGUGAACGCUAAGCCCGCUGCGACUGCCACUGGAGCGAGGACCGCGCAGGCCACUACCACUGGGUUCUCUACUAUGUAA